AUGGCACUCCCCCCAGCUGAGAAGAAGGAGCCCAUGGAGGCGCAGAUUAAGUCUGUGGACAUGACCGAGGAUAUGCAGCAGGAGGCCAUUGCCCUUGCCAUUGAGGCCAUGGAGAAGUUCAGAGUGGAAAAGGAUAUUGCCCAGUACAUCAAGAAAGAGUUCGACUCGCGCAAAGGCGCUUCCUGGCACUGCGUGGUUGGCCGCAACUUUGGAAGCUUUGUCACUCAUGAGACCAAGCACUUCAUCUACUUCUACCUCGGCCACUGCGCAAUUCUGCUCUUCAAGACCCAGUAA